UGGAGCGAGAGCCGGGGCCGCCGCGACAAAACAAAGAGCGGGCUGGAGACGCGUCCACGCCCCGCUCUCCACCCACCCGUCUCCCCUCCCUCACGACUCUUCAGUUUUGCUCUAACCUGCUGCAAGCGAAGGGGAGGGAAGGGAAAGAGACCAGACCGGGCCGGGCAGGGAGCCCCGCCGGCACCAAGCGAGCCCUCUGAUGCCCGGGCUCCCGCGCCAUUCUGCAACAGCUUCCCCAGCCCGUCGCGGGUCGGAGAGGAGAGCCCUUGGCACAGAUACGCUUUCGGUCCUCACCUUCCUUUCUUCUUUUUAAUUCCUCUGCUACAAACUUGCUUUUGGUUGCCAGGACACCGGACUUCGGAGAGAGGCAGACAAAGGGGUUUUGUGAGCAGCUGCUCUGCAGGCGGCGGCGGCGGCGGCCCCCGAGAAAGUUAAGCAGGGCGCCGGAGCGGAUGGAGAGUUCAGCUGGAAAAGCAGGGCGCCGCUUCAGCCGCCCUUGCCCUGCGAUUUCGCGCUCGGCCGAGGGAUGGCCGCGCUCGCCCUAACACGCGGUGGCGCUGCCCCUCCGGCUGCCCUGCUUCCUACCUGCGCCUCGGUGGGGGUGGUAGCUCACCCCGCUGCCGCCUCCGUCAGUGUCUCUACAGGAUCGGCGACCCCGCGACGAGUUCCUGCGCCGAGACCACGUUCGACCUUCGAGGGCAGCAUAGCUGCCGCCUGCUUUACAUUAUGUGGAUCCCACUCCUGGCUUUCAUAACGGUCGGGCUCGUCUCCCUGCACAAAUGCCAGCGGCACCCCGGCCCGGUCCUGGGAGUGAGUCGUCUGCUCGCGGUGGUGGUGCCAGGCUCGGGCCAGCGCCCAGACAACAGAUGUGCCAUCUCAAAUGCAGCAACAUGUACCGCCUGUCUUGCUGUGGGUCCGGAAUGUGGAUGGUGUGUUCAAGAGGAUUUCAUGGCUGGAACAAAACUGAAGGAGCGAUGUGACAUAGUUUUACAUUUAAUCCAAAGAGGCUGCAGGCCAGAUUUCAUAGAAAGUCCCAGAGUUGAUGUAACAGUACCCAGUAAUGAGAUUAAUAUACAAGUGAUACCAGGAGAAACUUCAGUGCAGCUGCGUCCAGGAUCUGAAACAAGUUUUAUGCUGAAAAUCCGCCCACUGGAAAAGUAUCCUGUGGAUCUCUAUUAUUUGGUUGAUGUGUCUGCAUCUAUGCACAGACAUAUAGAACGAUUAAACUCUGUUGGAUUUGAAUUAUCUCAAAAGAUGGAAAAUAUUUCCAUUGAUUUACGACUUGGAUUUGGAUCCUAUGUAGAUAAAACAGUGUCACCUUAUAUUAGUAUUCACCCCAAAAGAAUCCAUAAUCAGUGCAGUGAUUAUGAACUAGAUUGUAUGCCACCUCAUGGUUUCAUUCAUGUUUUAUCACUGACUGACAAAAUACCAGAAUUCAGGAAUGUAAUUAAUAAACAGAAAAUCUCUGGAAAUAUUGAUACACCCGAAGGAGGCUUUGAUGCUAUGCUUCAGGCAGUGGUGUGUCAGAGCCGUAUUGGUUGGCGCAAAGAAGCAAAGCGUCUACUUCUCAUGAUGACUGAUCAGACUUCUCAUUUGGCUCUUGACAGUAAAUUGGCAGGGAUAGUAAUUCCAAAUGAUGGAAACUGCCAUUUGAAAGAGAACGUGUACGUCAAAGCAACCAGUAUGGAGCACCCGUCACUUGGCCAACUUUCUGAAAAGCUCAUAGACAACAAUAUUAAUGUAAUAUUUGCAGUCCGAGGAAGCCAAUAUCACUGGUAUAAGGACCUUUUGCCUCUGCUACCGGGAACUGUUGCAAAACAGAUAGAGUCAGAGGCAGGAAAUCUUGGGGAUCUGGUAGUAGAAGCUUACAAGAAGCUGCUGUCUGAAGUGAAAAUUCAGGUGGAUAACACCCUUGAAGAUGUACAUGUCAAAGUUACUGCAAUCUGUCCUGAUGGAAGUAGAAAAAUGGGUUCAGAGGGAUGCAAGAAUGUGAAAUCCACAACUGAAGUGUUUUUUAAUAUUUCUAUUGCCAUGAAAGAAUGUGGCACAACUGACAGAAAAAACUAUGUGAUGCUAAAACCCCUUGGUUUCAAUGAAUCCUCCAGAAUUAACAUCCACAGAAGAUGUGUAUGUCAAUGUCAGGAUAGUGCAAAACACAAAAAAGUCUGCAUCAGUGAAACACCUCGUGAUGUUGAAGUAUCCACCUGCAAGGACAGCGUGUGUGGUUCCACGGAAAAAUUAUCUUCAGAGCAGUGCAAAAUGCAACAGGACCAUCUUCUUUGCAGUGGUCAGGGAGAAUGUGUACAUGGGAAAUGCAUUUGCCAUAAAAACAAAUAUGGCACAGUGUAUGGUAAAUACUGUGAAAAAGAUGACUUUUCGUGCCCAUACUACCUUGGAAAUCUAUGCGCUGGCAAUGGAGAAUGUGAAGCUGGCAGAUGCAAGUGCUUUGUGGGCUGGGAAGGUGACCACUGUCAGUGCUCUUUAUCCUUGCAAAAACACUGCAUGGACUCAAAUGGCCAAAUCUGCAGCGGAAGAGGAACUUGUCUGUGCGGGAAAUGCAAGUGUGCUGACCCCAGCAGUUUAGGUCGUUUGUGUGAAUUCUGCCCUACCUGUAAAAAAAUUUGCAGUGACGUGCGCAAUUGUGCACCCUGCCAACACUUCAACUCAUCUCACAGCACACUUGAUCAGUGUAAAACCACUUGCACUUACAGAAUGCAUUAUCUUGAAAUAGCAGACUGCCUCUCCGACGAUUCAAGUUAUUUCAGAAUAUUUUUCAUUAUUUUUAUAGUAACGUUUUUGAUUGGUUUGCUUAAAGUGUGCAUAAUCCGUCAGAUAAUUGUAUAUUGUAACCAUAGUAGAAUCAAGUCUUCAACAGCUUACAGAGUGCCUGCAGCCAAAAAGGAUAAAACAUUCUUACCUACCGUGUGUACAAAAACAGUAACUUACCGGCGUGACAAGCCUGAAGAAAUAAACAUUGGCAAGAUACAAGUAAAUGAAACAUUCAAAUGCAGUUCCUGAAGACAAGAACUUCUUUCUUCAGAUCUUUUGUUUUCUCGGUUGAGAUUUUUUUUUUAAAUAUAUUGUCUAAUGCUGUGGGGAUUUACGAUUUUGAACACUGUAAUUAAAAAAAACUGACUUGGAGUCCUAGUUGCACACCAUGCCUAGGUUUCAGAAAGAGCUGCUUGUUUGAAACAAAAACAAAUGUGCAUUAACUACUGUUUAAUGUGAUUAAAUUACUGGUUGUAGCUAAGAUGUAUUUGGAUUAGAAGCCAAUUGAAUCCCAGUUCGUAGUGAUAGGAUAAAAUUGUUUAAAUGGAAAUGCUUUGGAAUUGGUGGAUUUUAUAUUGGUUUGCAAGGCUAUUCUGUGUGGUAGCACUUUAACAUAAUGUAAUUUAUUUAGUUGUGUCAUAGAAGGUUAAUUGAAACUGGUAUGGCAAAAAUGCACUAUUCUCACUUUAGAGGUAGCUAACACAGAUGUGGAUUAUAACCAGAAACUCCCAAAUCUCAUUUAGAAAACUGUAACUGACAGAAAUCAAUAAAUCAGUUACCCAUGGGAAUUCCUCUUCUGAGCACUGGGGACAGAGUGGAAGUAAGAAACCUAGGAUCUGAUGGGCCUGCAGAGAGAAAACAAAGGAAUUUUAAAAGCUCUGCUAGAAGGGUACAGUUAGUCCUUACUCCCCCAAGCUCAGCAGAUAACAAGCCCAGAAUUUGUAAUUGCACUAGUUUGGAAGAAAGUAGGAAAGUAUACUUUCAUCCAGCUUGCUCAAAGUAUAUGGAGGCAGCAGUCCCAAACAUCUUUUAUAUGGCAGCAACGCCUGUGGAACAUGUUUCCAUGGAAAUAUGGUCUGCAAAUGUUCAGAAGCUGUUGGAGGAACCUAUUCUUCCUGGCAGUUGAGGGCAUCUUAGGAGGGAAAACCACUUCUCUAAGCAAGAGUGUUUACAGAGUGUGGUCAGAAUAGUCAAGAUGGUGGCCUUAAUGGUGUAAUAGAAGCUUUGCCUGGUUUUUAUGCACAUCAAGCACCAUUGCAGCCGCCAUCUUUACUUUUUUGAUCAUAGUCUGCAGACACCCUGUUUCUAAGUGAAGGAGCAAAUCCUAUGAGUCAGGAAAGUGAUCACUACAUAUUGAGUAUUUACUUUGUUAUUAAAUAUUUGCAUUUAGUUUGCUACAAAGUCUUCCUAAAAUUGGAUAGAUUUUUUUCUAUAAAAAGUCUGAGUAAACAUAAUGGACUUUUUAGUCAUGUAUAAUGAAUUCUUCAUUUGUUAUGCAAAAAAUACAGUAAAGCAUUCAGUUGGAGUAAUUUUCUGUUGCUUUAGUUCAGAAAAAUAUGAAGGGCAAACUUGCCAGAUCAGAAUGAUCUAGAUCACCACUCUAAUUCUAUAAUCCAAAUUAAAAUUACUUGACUAAAAUGAAAAUUAAUAUAUUUGAGCCCCAAAUUUUAUCUGAAAACAAAUCCAACUGAUUUCAGCAGGAGGGCUUACUCAGUAAUAUUUGAGAGUUGGUCUUAUGUGAACUUCACACCCUAAAGCUAUGUUGUUGGAAUUUCUAUGUGCAAACCCUCUUAUAUUGAUACAAAUUCCCAGGACAGUUCGAGUAUCUGAAACUGUGCACAGUGAUCCUAUGGAUUUUUUACUUUUGAUUUUUAAUAGAACUAAGAAAUUAGACAUAUGCUCUACUAAGGCUUAAACUGCACAACUGUAGCAGAAUUUCUAUUACUGGAAAUAUAUGUAUUUGUGCUUUUAUUUGGAUUGUCCUCAUGCCCCUAUUUUGCACACUCCUAAAAAGGUACUAAGUGUUAAAAUAUUUAAGUUAUAUGCCAGUAGAACAGUACAGUAUCUAGAGUUUCUGAUCAGGCUUUUCUAUUCUUUGCCAUGUCAGGUUUGGUUUCAUACACAGUUAUAGCGAAAAUAGACCUAACUUAAAAUGUAUAUUUUGUAGUGUUUCCUGAUACUUUUGUACAAUGUAUACUGUUCUGUUUUCCGUUUUUUAACCAAAAAAGGUUGGAUCAGUCAUGUUUUUGUGGAUUUAGAUUUUACCAUGUAGAUUCUUUCUAGGAAAGAAAUAUGCAGAGAAUAAUUAUAAUAUCUUAUGUUAAUAAUUUUAUAAAAGUUGAAUUCCCUGUUCUGUUUUAUUAAGUAUUUUGUAGUGUACGUGACUAACUCUUCUGUUUCUGUUUAUUUAUUGAUUUGUCACUUUAGUAUAUUGUGAGAAAGUCUAUUUUUCUAUGAGAGCUAUAAUAAUUGACAUUAAAUUAAUACUAAAUUA